AUGAGGAUGUCCUCCGCAUCGACCCAGGAUCGCACCCCUCCCAGUCCACCAGGUGGAGUAGUUCUCGAACCUGGUACGCCUCCUCGCCAUCAACCUGAAUGGAUUGGGGCUUGUGGGGCUUUGCUUCCUCCAACUUUCCUCUCGAAGAAGCGAAACAAGGAAAAUAUUUACUCCAGCCGGUCUGGUUCUGUUGGCAGUAAGUUCAGUCUGGCCGUUAGAUUGUGGAUGGUGUUUGUAUGUGGAUUUGCGGAGGAGUCUUCAUGUACUCCAGGCUUUGAGUCGGAGUUGCUGGUUUUUAAAGUGCACAGUGAUGACCUUCACCAAGGACAAAGACUAGGAAGAGUAAUUUUUAAUGCAUGCGAUGGAAGAACAAGAACGCUCUUCCAGUCCAGUGACAGGUGUUUUGAUGUGGACUCGGAUGGGACCGUAACACCGAAGAGGCAAAUGACUCCUAAUGAAGGCCACAAGGUGUUUUCUGUGGACGCUUGGGACUCCAGAGGAAAGAAGCACACGGUCUCUGUCAGAGUCGAGCGUGUCCAUCAUCAUCAUGAGGACCAUCACAUGAACAUCUCCUCUCCACAGAUUGAAUCUCCCUCUGACGAUCUGGUUCUGAAGUUUCCAAAGUCUACAACGGGUCUGAAGAGAGCAAAGAGAGGAGGUUGGAUUAUUCCUCCAUUUAAUAUACUUGAGAAUAGCAGAGGUCCUUUCCCAGAGAAACUGGUCCAGAUAAAGUCUGACUUUUCCAAGGAAGCUACAAUGCAAUACAAGAUCACAGGUGAAGGAGCGGAUCUGGAUCCUAAGGGGACUUUUGUUAUAGACAGAUUAACAGGGAUUCUGUAUGUGACUCGGCCACUCGACAGAGAAAUAAAAGCUUCAUACAGACUUGUGGUUUUUGCUUCUGGAGUUGAUGUGGAUAUCAGGGAACCUCCAAUUGAAAUUAUUCUAAAUGUGCUGGAACAAAAUGUCAAUAAGCCUUUUUUUACACAAAAUCCAUUCAUUGGAAAUGUUCCUGAAGCUUCUGUUAUAGGUCAUGAGUUUAUGACAGUCACAGCCACUGAUGCAGAUGAUCCAGACACUCACAAUGGUAUAGUCACUUACGCAAUCGUCAAGCAAGAUCCAGAAUCGCCAAAUCCAAACCUGUUUACAAUCAAUCCUUCUACCGGAGGAAUUCGUGUGAAUGCUUUAGGCUUGGACAAAGAGAAAUGGUCCAGAUAUACUGUGUUAGUUACGGCGACUGAUGUGGAAGGAAACGGUUUUUCAACGACUGGCACAGCUGUUAUUACUGUGACUGACAGCAAUGAUAACGCACCUCAGUUUGUGCAAACCACGCACACUGUAUCUGUCCAAGAGAAUAAAGUAGGGGCUGAAGUGGCCAAACUUGCAGUUACUGAUGAAGAUGAUGAGGGAUCUCCUGCCUGGUCAACCAAAUAUAAGAUUAUUGACGGAGACAAGAAUGGGUUCUUCAGUGUCACUACUGGACCCGGCCAGCUAGAGGGCAUCAUCACCACCGUAAAGCCCCUGGACUUUGAGAAGAACAAGCAGUUCAUUCUGUCUGUGAUUGUUGAGAACGAUGAUCCAUUUGUCGGUUCUCUGCCCACUUCCACUGCCACAGUCACGGUGAAUGUAGAAGAUGUGAAUGAGCCUCCGGAGUUUAAUCCAAAAGAGAAGGUUAUCUUCAAACGUGAAGAUGCUCCAGUUGAUGGUGAAUUGGUUACUUAUAAAGCCACUGAUCCAGACACUGCAAAAGCACAGACGAUAGAGUAUAAGAUUGGCAUUGAUCCUGCCGGCUGGCUGAGUGUUGCUCCAGACACUGGAGUUAUUAAAGUCAAGAGCCUCAUGGAUAGAGAAUCUCCAUUAGUCAAAGAUGGCAAAUACAGAGCUACCAUUUUGGCGUUGGAUAAUGAUGGUGAUGCUCCAGCAACUGGCACAGGAACCCUGGUUAUUGAACUGGAGGAUGUAAAUGACAACGCUCCUGUCAUCAAUGAAAGGAAUAUAAAAAUAUGCAAUCGUGGUUCAGCCCCAGUGCUUCUCUCUAUAUCGGACAAAGAUGGACCUCCUCACGCUGGUCCUUUUAGAGUUGAGACCCACGGAGAAACCAGUAAAAAUUGGUCCGCCUUGAUGAAUGCCUCAUCAAUGGGUGUCUAUCUGACACCAAAGUCUGCAUUGGAGAAGGGUGACUACAACGUUGUCCUGAAAGUUAUUGAUCAGGGUGGGAUGGAUCAGGAAAGCACCAUUCAAGCAAGUGUGUGUGACUGCGAAGGAGAAUCAGUGCAAUGUGUUGACUGUGACACUUCUUGCUCAUUAAGGACCAGUUCAUUCUGUCUGCAAUGGUGGUCAGGGAGAGCAUUCCACAAUCUGGGAUCUGCUGAGCAGAAAGCCCGAUGUCCCAUUGUAAGCAGCUUGGUCCUGGGAGGUUUCAGAAGAUACGCUGAGGCAUGUGUUGAGGUCUGUGGGAUGAGGAGUUCCUUGAGGCUUCACCAUGAAUACAAGUUGGUAAGGAGGGAGACCAUGUACUCAAUCCUGAAUGAGACAGGAAACGAGUGGAGUGAUUUGAGGAUGGGGGUGAUGUGGUCGUGUUUGCAGACCCUCAACAGGAUCCUAGCAGUGCUUUUCUGGAUGAGCCUCAAAGGCCUUGAGGCGCCACUCAAGGACACGCCCAGCUGUUUUCAUUUGCCGGAGUUUGUUGGUGUACCAGGGGGCUGUGCGUCCCCUGUGUCUUUGGUGUGUGGGGAAAGGAGUGUCAGCUCCAUUGAGAUGGCUUUUUGGUCAGACACACCCAGAGGCGUCCUUUCGUGUGAGUCUGCGGAGGAGUCUUCAUGCACUCCAGGCUUUGAGUCGGAGUUGCUGGUUUUUAAAGUCCACAGAGAUGACCUUCACCAAGGACAAAAACUAGGAAGAGUAAUUUUUAAUGCAUGCGAUGCAAGAACGCUCUUUCAGUCCGCUGAUAAAUGGUUUGACGUGAACAUCGAUGGGACCGUAACACUGAGGAGGCAAGUGACUCUUCAUGAAGGCCUCAAGGUGUUUUCUGUGGACGCUUGGGACUCCAGAGGAAAGAAGCACACGGUCUCGGUCAGAGUCGAGCGUGUCCAUCAUCAUCAUCAUGAGGACCAUCACAUGAACAUCUCCUCUCCACAGAUUGAAUCUCCCUCUGACGAUCUGGUUCUGAAGUUUCCAAAGUCUUCAACGGGUCUGAAGAGAGCAAAGAGAGGUUGGGUUAUUCCUCCAUUUAAUAUUCUUGAGAAUAGCAGAGGUCCUUUCACAGAGCUACUGGUCCAGAUAAGGUCUGAUUAUUCUAAGGAAUUUCAGAUGCUCUACAGUAUCACAGGUGAAGGAGCGGAUCUGGAUCCUAAGGGGACUUUUACUAUAGACAGAUUAUCAGGGUAUGCGUUUGUGACUCGGCCACUCGACAGAGAAAUAAAAGCUUCAUACAGACUUGUAGCUCAUGCUGUUGCAGAUGGUGUGGAUAAUAUCAAGGAACCUCCAAUGGAAAUUAUUGUGACUGUGCUGGACCAAAAUGACAAUAAGCCUGUUUUUACACAAAAUCCAUUCAUUGGAAAUGUUCCUGAAGCUUCUGUUAUAGGUCAUGAGUUUAUGACAGUCACAGCCACUGAUGCAGAUGAUCCAGACACUCACAAUGGUAUAGUCACUUACGCAAUCGUCAAGCAAGAUCCAGAAUCGCCAAAUCCAAAUCUGUUUAAAAUCAAUCCUGUUACCGGAGGAAUUCGUGUGAAUGCUUUAGGAUUGGACAAAGAAAAAUGGUCCAAAUAUACUGUGUUAGUUACGGCGACUGAUAUGAAUGGAAACGGUUUUUCAACCACUGGCACAGCUGUUAUUACUGUGACUGACAGCAAUGAUAACGCACCUCAGUUUGUGCAAACCACGCACACUGUAUCUGUCCAAGAGAAUAAAGUAGGGGCUGAAGUGGCCAAACUUGCAGUUACUGAUGGAGAUGAUGAGGGAUCUCCUGCCUGGUCAACCAAAUAUAAGAUUAUUGACGGAGACAAGAAUGGGUUCUUCAGUGUCACUACUGGACCCGGCCAGCUAGAGGGCAUCAUCACCACUGUAAAGCCCCUGGACUUUGAGAAGAACAAGCAGUUCAUUCUGUCUGUGAUUGUUGAGAACGAUGAUCCGUUUGUCGGUUCUCUGCCCACUUCCACUGCCACAGUCACGGUGAAUGUAGAAGAUGUGAAUGAGCCUCCGGAGUUUAAUCCAAAGGAGAAGGUUAUCUUCAAACGUGAAGAUGUUCCAGUUGAUGGUGAAUUGGUUACUUAUAAAGCCACUGAUCCAGACACUGCAAAAGCACAGACGAUAACGUAUAAGAUUGGCAGUGAUCCUGCCGGCUGGCUGAGUGUUGCUCCAGACACUGGAGUUAUUAAAGUCAAGAGCCUCAUGGAUAGAGAAUCUCCAUUAGUCAAAGAUGGCAAAUACAGAGCUAUCAUUUUGGCAUUGGAUAAUGAUGCUGUUGCUCCAGCAACUGGCACAGGAACCCUGGUUAUUGAACUGGAGGAUGUAAAUGACAACGCUCCUCUCAUCAAUGAAAGGAAUAUAAAAAUAUGCAAUCGUGGUUCAGACCCAGUGCUUCUCUCUAUAUCGGACAAAGAUGGACCUUCUCACGCUGGUCCUUUUAGAGUUGAGACCCACGGAGAAACCAGUAAAAAUUGGUCCACCUCGAUGAAUGCCUCAUCAACCGGUGUCUUUCUGAAACUGAAGUCUGCAUUGGAGAAGGGUUACUACACUGUUGUCCUGAAAGUUAUUGAUCAGGGUGGGAUGGAUCAGGAAAGCACCAUUCAAGCAAGUGUGUGUAACUGCAAAGGAGAAGCAGUGCAAUGUGUUGACUGUGACACUUCUUGCUCAUUAAGGACCAGUUCAUUCUGUCUGCAAUGAUGCAUUCAUCAACUUUUUGCCCACUUCUACUGUGAAGAAGCAAACCAUGUUGAAUCCAAAUGAGAAGUUGGUUUUAUAAUUGAAAUAGAGGAUAUA